AUGGCGGAAUCAUCUGCACCCUCUCUUUUGCACAAAUUGGCCGCCAGGCUAAACCGAGACCCUGGAACGCCAGUCGAAACGCCGACCGAGUCCUUCUGGCAAGUCCCUCGUCAGGCUUUUGCUGAUCAACAGUCAGAGACUUUGCCCAAGGAAGCCGAUGUCAUUAUCAUCGGCUCGGGUAUUGCUGGUAUAAGCGUGGCGCAACAUUUGCUCCAUUUGCAGCCAUCACAGAAAAUUACCAUCCUCGAGGCCCGGUCGGCGAUAUCGGGAGCAACAGGCCGUAAUGGUGGACAUAUCAAAGCCGUCCCAUGGGCUGACUAUGAUGAACUCAAGGAAGCACUCGGCAAGGAGAGCGCAAUCAAGAUCACAAACUUCCGGCUUGCUCACUUGGAUGCUUUUGUCAAUGAGGCUGCGGCAUUAGGCGAAGCUGGCAAAGCUGGCUUGGUGCGCCGCGUGGAGGGAGUAAGUGCUGUUUUCAACAAGGACGUCUGGGAGUCGGCGAAGACCAAGUUGCAAGUGUGGCUUGAGGACUACCCGGACCACCGCGAGAAUUGGAGCGUACAUGAGGGAGAGGAAGAGAUGAAGAAAUUUGGCUUUGUCAACGCCUAUGGAUGCAUCAACGGCCCUUCAGGAGCAGCAUGGCCGUAUCGAUUUGUGGGUGCCGUACUAUCAAAGCUGCUCGCGAGCGGCCAGGUCAGCCUCGAAACGCACACCGCUGCAGAGGAGGUACGCCGAAGUCAAUCUCCAGGUCGCCCGUACAAAGUGCAAACAUCGCGGGGCAUGAUAUCGGCAAACCAUGUCAUCCACUGCACGAAUGGGUACGCCGCACAUCUGCUUCCCUUCCUGACGGGCAAACUCUGGCCCAUGCGAGGGCAGAUGACGGUCCAGUCGGUCCCUGACGUGUUUCCACGACUUGGUGCUUCGAGGUCGUGGAGCACCAGGUGGGCGAGAGGCUAUGAUUACAUCACGCAAUCUCCUGAUGAAGACGGCUCACUGUAUCUCGGUGGAGGGUUCUUUCAAGGCGGCCCAGAGAAAGACGAGGACUUGGGGAACACGGACGACAGCCAGCUGAGUGCGCAAUGCCUCGAGCAUCUGGAAAAGGUCCCAUCGAGAGCAUUCAUUCACGGGACCGGUGCAAGGAUCGAGAAGAAAUGGACCGGGAUCAUGGGGUUCACGGGAGAUGGGUUGCCCUUGGUCGAUCGUGUUCGAGAGUUCAUGUCUGGCCGGGCUGAGUGUGAUCCCGAAAUCGGGGCAGAAUGGAUCGCCGCAGGGUGGGAUGGUUACGGCAUGGUCCAUUGCUGGCUCGCCGGAAAGGCACUCGCCCAUAUGGUCCUGGGACGCGAACACGAGGUUCUUGAGUGGUUUCCGAAGCAUGAGUUCGGAUGCAGCAAGGAGAGGCUCGAUCAGAUGAGUCCGGAAGGCGCCCUCAAACGAUUCCUUGGCUCGUUGGAGUGA